GUUCUACCAAAAAAAAAAACAAAUACGUGGAGGAAAAAAGAGAGAUUCUCCAAGCUCUCUCCCGCCAUGACGCUUCUCCACCCUUCCUCCCGCCUUCCGGUUCGUCGAUUCGGUGCUCCCCUCCCCUCUCCGUCCUCCCGUGCUCUCUCCCCUCCUGCCUUAUCGCUCAUUAGGUCCUGCCUUCCCUUCCCGCCGGAGAAAGCGCGCUUCCACCGAGAGCUCGAAGCCGCCGUCGAUGUGGUCGAGAGGGCCUGUCGCCUCUGCGUUGACGUCAAGAAGUCAUUGCUCUCGAGCGACGGUCGGAUUCUUGAAAAGAAUGAUCGGACGCCUGUCACGAUAGCCGAUUUUGGAGUGCAGGCUCUGAUCAGCUUGGAGCUGAAGAGAUUGUUUCCUUCAAUACCUCUAGUGGCUGAAGAGGACUCAGGGUUCUUGCGGUCGAAUCCUGUGAAUGCUCAGAGUGGUGGGGUUCAUGGUGGUAAUUUUCUUGUUGACUCAGUGUUGAGUGCUGUGGCUGAUAAGACGAGCAGUGUUGAUGAGCCUUUAACUUCUGAUGAUGUGUUGGAGGCUAUUGAUAGAGGGGGGAAGCAUGCGGUCUCAUUUGAUGCAGAACCCUCAACCUAUUGGGUGCUCGAUCCGAUUGAUGGCACUCGAGGGUUUUUGAAGGGUAGCGAUGCCCUGUAUGUGGUGGGUUUGGCUCUUGUUGUCAAAGGAGAAAUUGCCAUAGGUGUAAUGGGCUGUCCAAAUUGGAAAGAAGAUAAUCUUUCCACUAAAAAGUCUGAUGAUAACAUUAGACCAGGUGUCAUUAUGAUCGCCCAUUCUGGAUGUGGAACAUGGACGAAGGGAUUUUCAGAUGUAAUGGGUAAUUAUAAAAGAAUCCAAGAUGGUUGGAGAAGAUGCUUUGUUGAUAGCUGCUGGUUGGUGCAUGAGGCAUGCUUCUGUAUUCCUGAUAGUCAAACAUGGGACUUCAUGCCUUUAUCUGUUCUGUUCAGCUCUUCAGUUGACUAUGGGGAUAUUAGAGAUGAUAAACAAAAAGUACUUCUUUUGCCAACAUGCUGUGGCAGCCUGUGUAAAUACCUAAUGGUUGCUUCAGGUAGAGCUUCUGUAUUUAUUCUUCGAGCAAGGGCUCAAACUGUCAUCAAGGUUUGGGAUCAUGCUGUUGGAGUUAUAUGUGUCCAUGAAGCAGGAGGGCAGGUUACUGACUGGAAUGGAAGUGCACUGGAUCUUGCUGCUGAUCAAGUGGACAGAAGAAUUAUAUUCCCAUCCGGUGGUGUACUUGUGACCAAUGGGGCAUUACACAAACAGCUAUUGGAAAUGAUUUCUUCCAAUUCCUCAAUAGCUUGAUUCAUGAAAUGUAACCGCUUACUGUCCAACUUGUUGGUCAAGGAAACUGCUCUUUGCCAAAAAUAAAGUUUCCAAUUCUUUCUGUUAUGAAAACAUUGGUGUGGUUUGAACAACGGUGCAAUCAUAUUGAAACUAAUUUCAAAACUAUUUGCCUUUA